GCCUUCCCCGCGAACGGCUCCACGCGGCUUAACAGCACCGAGGCUUCCCCAAACUUCCUUCCGCCAUGCCACACACAAGGUACUUUUGUAGUUGUUCAAUCAAUCUUUUUGCUUCAUAUACCCAUUUGUGACCAUGCGUGCCUUCAGAAAGUCUACUCACCUCUCGCGCCAGCUUCUUGCUACCAAUGGCGUCCGCUACAACUCUACCAUCGCGCCAGCUGCCAAACCGCUUACCUCUGUGCUCAUAGCGAAUCGCGGAGAGAUUGCACUACGAGUCGGAAGAACAGCCUCGGAAUACGGCAUCAAAACUACGACCCUCUUCACCGACCCAGAUGCUCGAUCGCAACAUGCGCUGAGCUCGCCCUACGCCGUGAACCUUGGAGACCCUUCCGCAUAUCUUGAUGGAGACCGUAUAAUACAAAUCGCGAAAGAGCAGGGCUGUCAAGGCAUACACCCGGGCUAUGGCUUUCUGAGCGAGAACCCUACGUUUGCAAGAAAAUGUACAGACGCUGGUCUCACAUUCAUCGGACCACCAUGGCAAGCGAUCGAGUCUAUGGGCAGCAAGAGUGAGUCGAAAGACAUCAUGACCAAAGCUGGUGUUCCCUGCAUCCCAGGCUACCACGGAUCCGAACAAGACCCAGAAUACCUCAAAGAGCAGGCCGCGAGCAUCGGCUACCCCGUACUCCUCAAAGCCGUCAAGGGCGGCGGCGGCAAAGGCAUGCGAAUCGUCAACACCGAAGCCGAGUUCUUCGACCAACUCGCGUCGGCAAAGUCAGAGGCGCGGAACUCUUUCGGCGAUGAAGUCAUGCUAGUGGAGAAGUACAUCACCACGCCUCGCCACAUCGAAGUCCAGGUCUUCGCCGACAAGCACGGUAACUGCGUUGCGCUUGGAGAGAGGGACUGCAGCAUACAACGCCGGCAUCAGAAGAUUCUCGAAGAGUCGCCAGCACCGCAUCUGGAUGAGGCCAUCAGGCAGGACAUCUGGGAGAAGGCGAGACAGGCUGCGCUUGCAGUGGGGUACGAAGGAGCUGGCACAGUCGAGUUCAUCUUUGACAACGAGACGGGUGAAUUCUUCUUCAUGGAGAUGAACACAAGGCUACAGGUCGAGCACCCUGUCACAGAAAUGGUGACUGGUGAGGACCUUGUGAGAUGGCAACUUAUUGUUGCUGAGGGUGGAAAGCUACCUCUUACCCAACAGGAGAUUGAACAGAGGAUCAAGGAGAGGGGUCAUGCCAUCGAAGCACGCAUCUACGCCGAGAACCCAGACAUGAACUUCAUUCCCGACUCUGGUCUUUUGCUUCACCUGAAGACGCCAGUACCCACGUCCACCGUUCGCAUCGACUCUGGUUUCAUUGCUGGCGACGAAGUAUCCUCUCACUACGACCCCAUGAUCUCCAAACUCAUCGUCCAAGGCCCUACACGCGAGGCUGCGAUCCAGAAGCUACGAGCCGCCCUAGAAGAGUACGAAGUUGCGGGCCCUAUAACAAACAUCGAGUUCAUCAAGCGCAUGUGUGUAUCCCCAGACUUUGUCGCUGGCGAUGUGGAAACGGGAUACAUCCAAAAGCACCACGCCGAGCUCUUCACACCCGAGGCCCCAGCAUCAGAAGUCUACGCACAAGCCGCCCUUGGCCUUGCGCUGCAAGAGAUCUCAGCGUCAAGAGGAGAUGUAUGGACCGGACCACCUGUCACGGCAGUGGGAUUCGGUUUCAGCAGCUCAUACCAGCAGCGCGAGUUCAACCUCAUCGAGACCCCCGCUGACGGCAAGGGCGAAGCCACAGCAACAAAAGUUAGCAUCCGGCAAACCAGCCCCCAGCAAUUCGACAUCAGCGUCGGCGACAAGACAUAUAGCAACGUCACAUCGACCUUUUCUCCUUCCAACAACACACUCACAUCUUUCUAUCCCCACACCCGCCUAGCAACAACCUUCAUCCGCGACGAAGACCGCCUCACCCUCUUUCACCUCGGUCGCCAAUACCGUCUCAAGCUCGCCAUGCCAGAGUGGACAAAGAAAGCUCUAGGCGUCAAAGAUGUGGCAAACAGCGUCCUCGCGCCCAUGCCGUGCAAGGUCCUCAGAGUGGAAGUUGAAGAGGGUCAGGAGGUCAAGAAGGACCAGGCGCUUGUUGUUAUCGAGAGCAUGAAGAUGGAGACUGUGAUCAGGAGUCCAAGUCAUGGUGUGGUCAAGCGCAUUGUUCAUGGCAAGGGCGAUUUGUGUAAGGCAGGGACCGCGUUGGUGGAGUUCGAGGAGCCGGAGGGGGAGGCAAAAGAGUGAUUUUGAUUCCAGAAAAGAAAAAAGCCGGGUUGUAUAUAUGAGCGCCAAAAUAUUAGGAUUUACGAAUUACGAUGCUCAAUUUAUGGUUGGGUGUUGAGAGGGAAUUAUUUUUCCAAUGUCAUGGUUAUCGCGACAGCUGAAAACCAUUGCGAGAUCAAUAAUCAAACGCCACGACCACGAAGCUUGAUAUAGCAUCACAAAACGGUUCAACG